CCUUCUUUCUGCUUCACUUUUUUACCCACUGCUUGAUUUGCUCGCUCUCUCUCUCUCUCUCUGCAAACAAAGUACAAACCAACCAUGGAAGCUGUGGGAGACGCUCUUCUUUCUGCUGCCAUCGGCCUCUUGUUUGACAAGUUGGCCUCUACUGAUUUGCUAGACUUUGCACGCCAACAAUGGGUGUACUCUGAUCUCAAGAAAUGGAAGAUAGAAUUGUCGGAUAUUUGUGAAGACCUUAAUGACGCGGAGGACAAGCAGAUCACGGAUCGCCCUGUGAAAGAGUGGCUGGGCAAUCUGAAAUAUUUGGAUUAUGAUAUGGAGGACAUCUUGGAUGAGUUCGCCUACGAAGCUUUGCAACGGGAGCUCACGGCCAAAGAAGCUAAUCAUCAAGGCAGGUCGAGCAAGUGGCUUAACUAUUUGUGAAAGUCUCCAUGGAGUUGUGUUGAAAGUUUGACUAGGAAGCGGGUUUUGAGUACAAUAAUUACAAACUUAUGGGUGCUCUUUGAGUAGUCUUAGUUGGAGAUUUGACAUGCAGGCAUGGGAUGUAAAAUGUCAAGGGAGGGUGUUAUUUGACAACAGUUACAAAUUGGCAUGGAUGUCUUCAUUUCAAUU